AUGACGCCAGUGCAAGCCGCUUGUAUUCCACUUUUCCUGGACCACUGCGAUGUUGCCGCCGACGCGGUGACCGGUUCGGGUAAAACCCUGGCUUUUGUUGUGCCUCUCCUCGAGCUAUUGCUUCGGACACCGCUGCCAAGCCCCACGUCUGUCGGGGCCAUUGUGCUUUCACCCACGCGUGAGCUGGCCCAACAGACCUACGACGUGGUCAAAACGUUUCUGCAACAUGGUGUGGACCUCUCAGCCUGCCUCAUUACCGGUGCCCACGACGUGCAAGUGGACGUCAACCAACUCAAGGAGGGAUGCAACGUCAUUGUUGCCACCCCGGGUCGACUCUUGGACCUUCUUAACAAGUCUGGUUCCUUGAUGAAGAGCGUCAAACACCUCGAGAUGUUGGUGCUGGACGAAGCGGACCGUCUUUUGGAUAUGGGCUUUGAACAAGCCAUCACUCAAAUUUUCACGUUUUUACCCAAGCAGCGCCGCACCGGCCUCUUUUCGGCUACCCAAACCAACGAGGUGCAGGCGCUGGCCCGCGCCGGUCUGCGCAACCCGGUACAAGUGGCCGUCAAGGUGGAACAUCGGCAAGAGGGUGCUGGCAGUGUUCAGCAAGCCACACCAUCCACACUCAUCAACACAUAUCUUUUUCUCUCCGCCGAGGAAAAGUUUAAUCAGCUGGUGGCCUUUUUGCGCCUGAUGCGUCAACAACAGGCCAAGGCCAUUGUGUACAUGGCCACUUGCGCCUGUGUCAAUUACUUUGUCUCGUUGCUUGAGAACAUGCCCGGCUUGCGCCGGGCCAAGAUUCUGGCUCUUCACAGCAAGGUUUCUUCCAAGGCCCGUACGAGCGUCUUUAGCACAUUUUGCAACACCGAGGGCGCCAUCCUAGUGAGCACGGAUAUUGCUGCUCGUGGCUUGGACGUACCCGACGUGGCGUGGGUCCUGCAGUAUGAUCCCCCACAAGACCCCGAUGCCUACGUUCAUCGCUGUGGCCGUACUGCUCGCCUCGGUCGUCAAGGCCGAGCCGUGCUCUUUUUGCAACCACACGAGGACACGUACAUUGAUUUUUUGAAUGUUCGCAAUAUUCCCAUCGAGGAGCAGGAGCCUUUUGAGGGGGCCGAGGAUCUGUUGCCUCGCUGUCGGGACUUGGCUGCCAAGGACCGUGACAUUUACGAGAAAGGCAAACUGGCUUUUGUUACGUUUAUUCGCUCGUACAAAGAGCACAAGUGCAACUAUAUUUUCCAAUUCAAAAAGUUGGACUUGGCUGCCCUUGCGCGGGGCUUUGCGCUGCUGCAUUUGCCACGCAUGCCUGAAUUGCGCAGUUUGCAAAAUUCGCGUGCCUUUGAGCAGAGCAAGAUCGACCAAGCAAGCAUUCGGUUCCGCGACAAGCAGCGAGAAAAGCAACGCCAACAAAACAUGAAGCGCCGUGCCGAGGAGCGGGAGAAGGCGUUGGCGGAAGGUCCUUCCGAAAAGGAGCGAGAGCGAUCCAAGCGUUCGAAAAAGAACGAAGCCUGGUCCAAGCAAAAACAGGCCAAGGAGCGCAAGGAUAAGCGGCGGGCCAAGGCCGAGGCCAAAGAACGUGCUGAGAUUCACGCCUUGCUCAAGGAGAACAAUGUCGGUGACGACGGUCACGAUGUGGAUGAUUUGGCUCAAGAAGCACGCUUGAUGCGUCGCCUCAAACAGGGCAAGAUCACGCAGGCGGAGUAUGAUCGACUUGUCGGAGAUGAUUUGUGAAAAGAGACCACCGGCAGGCAUCGCAAACCGCGAGCUGACCACCGGGUGAAAAGGCGGGAUCCAUCGCUGAUAUCAUAAUUGGUUCUCUGUUUGGCGUUGUUCGCCCCUCUCGUUGCGCCCCUACUUUGAGUGUUUUUCAUGUUAAAUUUUUGUUUUUCUUUCUUUUUCCCCUUUGUGC